AUCUAGUUCUUUAACUUGAUGUCCAACAGGAAAUGUCUGAAGAAGUUGUUGGCGGGCAGGGUAUGAAGGUGACCCAGAUUGGGACGAAUACGAUCCAGCAUUCAAAGAUGAAGAAGGGCUGCACCAUCAUCAACAACUACUACAUCUUCGACGUCAUUGGGGACCGGGAGAAGCUCUGGACACAGCUGUCAAAUCUUUCGGAACAGCACAAGCAGACGUCAAGGGAAUUUAGCCCCAGAGCAGAGGAGGGAGUGGAUUCCAAAACUCCUUGUCAAGGUAGUGGAGGUAAACUCAGUGCAAGAAGAAAACGGCAAAGGGCUAAAUUCUACAUGACGCUCAGGAGCGAUAGGGCAGCAGGUGGCUUGAACAGUGAGUGCAAAAUGUGCCAAGCCACCGAUGCCCAUGUGAAACAGCAGAGUAACUACUUCCUGCUGAUGCACCUCAUCAGAGCAAUCCAUACCCGUGGUCCUUCUACAAGUAUCGUACUGCUGUAGAAGGGGGGACCCUUGGCGCCAUGUAAAUGCUCCUCAUGGCGUUACACGUUGUAUUCCAAAGGAAAGUGUGUCUACAAAGAGGCCCGAUGAGCCCUGUAGACGAGGGAACCGCUGACACCUUAAAGAAGCAAAACUGCUUCGUGUCAGUCCAAGGAAACAGACUGUAACUGUACACUGAGAUGUCAUUGGAUCGGCCAGUAUCCAUGCUGUUCAGAAGCUGUCUCGUUCCUCUGCAAAUGCUGCGAAGCAGACCAGAAAAGGGCGUCUGUAGAGGUUGCUUCCCUCAUGGUAAGCACUCUGGAACAUUGUACACUGCGCACUCCGCUACCGAAAUAUGAGGAAGAGGAAAUAUAGAGAGGUAUCUCAGGCACGAAGGGAAGUCCAUACUCUGCCAAAUACUAUGUACCCGUGAAUUGUAAUAUGAUGUAAAAAAAUAAAUGUACCGAUUUUACAUAACCCCAUUUUGGAUGAUGUACGAGUAUAUCCGAAACUUACGAAAAGAUCAAUGUAAAACAAAGAUUGUAGGUAAGUACGCUAACAAUUACUGUUUAUGAACCACCACCAAACACCACUGUAACUGACGAUAGGAAUUUCUGUUCAGUGAGUUCCAAUGGAAUGUGAUCCACUUUCUACCACUAAGAGUUCAAUCACCCCCUUGCAGUUGAUUUGCACUUUGAGAACUUUGGUAAAUUCGGUACAUUUUACUUUAUUCAUCUCUAUCGACUUGUUUAAUUGUAAUUGAUAAAUGAUCGGUAAUAAUAAAGACGGGUGAAAUAUG